AUGUGGCGGAGGGCGACGAAAGAUCUCUGGCAAAAAGUGUUUAAAACGAAGGAGACGAAAGCGGAGUCUUCGUUCUCAUGUCCGACUCCCCCGGGGCGACCUGUGCCGCCUUACCCACCGCCGAGCUGCUCCCCGGUCCCCCCUUUUUACUGCUGCCCAAGAUCCAAGUAUGAGGUUGGGUUCAUCUAUAUCAAUGACGUGCCGCCGGCUACCGGAUUCAGCGAUGUGGUGGACAGGAUUGCCCAGUCUAUAUUUUGGUUGGAAUUAGCUCGAGGUUUCGCGGUGACGCUAGGUCAUAUUUUCAAGGAGCCAGCAACAAUAAAUUACCCUUUUGAGAAGGGGGCACUAUCCCCGAGAUUUCGCGGGGAACAUGCUCUCAGAAGGUACCCUUCAGGGGAAGAAAGGUGCAUAGCAUGUAAGCUCUGCGAAGCUAUAUGUCCAGCUCAAGCUAUUACUAUUGAAGCAGAAGAGAGGAUAGAUGGGUCGAGGCGAGCGACACGUUACGACAUUGAUAUGACCAAGUGUAUUUUCUGCGGUUUCUGCCAAGAAGCGUGCCCAGUGGACGCAAUCGUCGAAGGUCCCAACUUCGAGUACGCGACGGAGACACACGAAGAGUUGCUUUACAAUAAAGAGAAACUGCUGACGAAUGGAGACCGCUGGGAACCGGAAAUCGUGAGCAAUAUUAGGGACAAUCAUUUGUACCGAUAA